CAGCCGGCGCGGGGAGGAGACGGCUCGCGGCUCGGCCCGGGCCGUGGUCUCGGCGGUGUCCUUUGAGGUCGGCGGCCCAGGCCAGGCCCCAGGGGGACGGCGCCAAGAUGAUGAGCGGACGGCCGGGCCGAGAGCCCUUGAAGUUCCUGCCGGAGGAGGCCCGAAGCCUGCCGCCGCCCAAGCUGACCGACCCGCGGCUCGGCUACAUCGGCUUCCUGGGCUACUGCUCCGGCCUGCUGGACAACGCGAUCCGGCGGCGGCCGGUGCUGCUGGCGGGUUUGCAUCGCCAGCUUCUAUAUGUUACUUCCUUUAUUUUUAUUGGAUAUCAUCUUUUAAAACGUCAAGACUAUAUGUAUGCUGUGAGGGACCAUGAUAUGUUUGCAUAUAUGAGAUCACAUCCGGGGGAUUUUCCUGAUAAAGAUAAGAAAACAUACAGUGAAAUUCUCGAAGAUUUCCAUCCCGUGCGUUGACAUCUCCAAAAUGUUUGCUCUGGUUUCACUGAUACCAGUUAUUUUUGAAUUUUAUGGAAUAUGUUUCUAUGACAUCUGAAGUUAAUGUUCACACUUGUGAUUAAAGUGAUCAUCAUGAGCACUCGGACUUCUCUUGUUAUAAGGAAAGUAGUUCAUCAAAGAAUAGUUUCCACUCACCCAGAUGCACGAAAAUAUCUGAUAGAUGUUAAAAUGGAGUGCAGUUCUAGUUCAGAGUUGGCCAACUACAGCCUGGGCGCCAAAUCUGGUCCACUGCUGAUAGAGUUUUAUUGGAACACAGCCAUUCUCAUGCACUUACAUAUCCUUUAUAGCUGCUUCUAUGCUACAACAGCAAAGUUGAGUGGUUGAUGACAGACUUUCUGGCCUGCAAAGGCUAAAAUAUUUAGUAUUUGGCCCUUUACAGAAAGGUCUGCUUCAGUUCUAGUACAUAAUGAAUACAAAGCAGGCUGGAUUAUGGAAGGCUUGUGAGUCAUUAGAAUGAUUUUGAUUUGAUCUUCUAGGUAAAUGGGAACAACAUGGUCUGGUUUGUAUUUCUGGACUGUGUCUAUAAACAGUACAAAGGCAGUUAGAAAAAGGAGACUCAAGGGCCUCCCCUGGUGGCGCAGAGGUUGUGCGCUGUGCUGCCAGGCAGCCUGCAGCCUCUGCAGUGCUGGUUCGAUCCCCGGCUGCCGGCAAGUGUCCCACAUGGAGUGCAGACCUCUCCUGCCACGCCCACUGCUCCCCUCAGCAGUGUGUUUCGUCAGUCUGUCUGUUCUGCUCCCCGCUCUGGCCCUGGUGAAUUCUCUCACCUUCCCGCGCUUCUGACUACCCAGUGCUUGUAUAAAUAAAUAAAUAAAUCUUUAAAAAAAAAAAAAAAAGAGGAGACUCAAAACCAGGAGAACAGUUAAAAGUCUAAUACUGCCACUGAGCCUCUGCCCUGAAAUAGGUCUCAUGCUGGAGUAAGUGGGCUCUUAGCACACGCUCCAUAACGGAGCUUGGUGUAGGCAGAAGUGAAGGAGCCCACCUAACUGUAGAGGUUUUUUUAUGGUCUAGUGAACCCAAAUGCUUUUUCAGAAAAACUGUUUCUGAGCUCAGAUGUUAUAAUCAGAAUAGUUUUGGGAGGUAAUAAAAUUGUCUCCCUGUUUAUAUGUGAUUUCAAAUUAAGUGACAGUGGAAAUACAGAGAUGUCUUCUGGGCAAAGUCACUUGAGUUCAACCUCUAUUCCCUUGAAUACCACUUGUUAAAAGUGAAAUCAGUUCUGAAAAAGUGCUUCAGAGAUAAUAAAGAUAUGGAGAAAUACGGGGUUUUUUUUCAGGUAUUAU